AGAGGCAAACACUCAAAACGAUUGGUCCCUGGGUCCUUACGCUUCAGGUUUUUAGCUUCUUCCUCCCUCCGCAGCACACCCGCUUUUCCCCUCCCCUCCUCUAUUACCACCUUCUUCUCCCUCUGUGCCCCGACCCCCACUUCACUUCCCUCGCUGGCUCCUAGCUGCUCCUCUUUUCGCCCAGACCACCUACUUUUCCCUCAAAGCAGCUGUUUCGCUCGGAGGCGGGAGGGGAAGCCCGCACCACAGUGAGGUCAGGCUGACACCUAGUGGCCAGGAGCUGGAACUGCUGCAGGGCCACCGGCCUGGAGAGCGAGGGUCACCCCAGCAGUCCCGGCAAAUCCGCGGUCUUGCCUGCCCAGACUCUGGGGAGCCAGGCCGAGGGCCGGGACUGUCUGAGGGAGGACUGUGACAGCCGCUCUGCCCUAGGAGCUUAAGAGCGGGGGUGGAGAGGUGGCGAUGGGUUACUCAGCAAUUCCCAAGUGCCCACCCUUGCGGGCGCGGGAGGGACGGGUAAACACGGGUCUCCGGCUAGAAGACUGCGAGUGGUGCGGUGCGGGGAACUGGGUCUGCGAGGAGACCUCUGUCGAAAGCUGGGCUCCCGAGCCCACCCCAGGACCGGGACUUAGGGGGCGUGGGCGUGCCGGGUUCAGUCCAGCUCUGCCCAGAAAGUGGAGAGAGCUCUCGCGGUACCCGCCCAGGGCGGGGGAGCCGGUGGCCCCGGGGAAAGUGGGGACGCGGGUUAAUGAGGCCACGCGAGCGAGGGCAGCGGGGACGCCGUCGGCAGUCGGGAGGCGCCAGAGAGGGGUGCCUCGGCAGCGCUCCCCCAGCUCAGGUUCCAGUCGCCCGAAGUCCGCGGGAGCCCAGCGGGGGCCGGGCAGCUGGGUGUAUAACCCGCUAGCGCGGCCGCGGCGCCUAAGGGGCGGAGGCAGGCGGGAGGGGCGGGGGCAGAGGCCUCGCGGGGAGGACGGGGAGGAGCCAAGGGGCCUAGAGGGCUCCGCCGAAACUGUGCGGGGCUGGCUGCCGGCGGGAGAGACGGCUGUGCUGGACCGGGUCGAGAGGGAUCCCGGUUCCCAGAACAGCCCUAGGAGGCGGCCUCGAGGGCGGACGGGUGGACAGCAGGGAGGGCCAGCAUGCCCCCACUGCUGCACCCCGCCCUGCCGCUGCUCUUGGGCGCCACGCUGACCUUCCGGGUGCUCCGGCGCGCGCUCUGUCGCCUGCCCCUACCCGUACAAGUGCGCGCCGACCCCCUGCGCACCUGGCGCUGGCACAACCUGCUCGUCUCCUUCGCUCACUCCAUUGUGUCGGGGAUCUGGGCGCUGCUGUGUGUAUGGCAGACCCCCGAAAUGUUGGUGGAGAUUGAGACAGCAUGGUCGCUCUCUGGCUAUUUGCUCGUUUGCUUCUCUGCAGGGUAUUUCAUCCACGACACGGUGGACAUCGUGGCUAGCGGUCAGGCUAGAGCCUCUUGGGAAUACCUUGUUCAUCACAUCAUGGCCAUGGGUGCCUUCUUCUCUGGCAUCUUUUGGAACAGUUUUGUCGGUGGGGGUGUCUUAACGCUACUGGUGGAAGUCAGCAACAUCUUCCUCACCAUCCGCAUGAUGAUGAAAAUCAGUAACACCCAGGAUCAUCUCCUUUAUCAGGUUAACAAGUAUGUGAACCUGGUCAUGUACUUUCUCUUCCGCCUGGCCCCUCAGGCCUACCUCACCCAUUUCUUCUUACGUUAUGUGGGCCAGAGGACCCUGGGCACCUUCCUACUGGCUGUCCUGCUCAUGUUGGACAUGAUGAUCCUAAUCUACUUUUCCCGCCUCCUCCGCUCCGACUUCUGCCCUGAGCGUGUCCCCAGGCAGCAACACAAAGACAAGUUUUUGACUGAGUGAGGCACAGAGCCUGGGACAGCAAACAUGGACAAGAACAGAAAGCCUCACAUGGAAACUGGGACUUAGCCCCAAGCUCGGGUGUCCUCUGGGGCAAGCCUCUCUACCUUCGGAGCCUGCGCCCACACUAUUGAAAACACUAAUGAAAGCACUCCUCUGAA